AGGGUUUUACUUUCAGUGGCAUCUGCCGUGUGACCUGCCUCUAUGGCCAGGUGCAGGUAUUUGGUUUUACCAUCAGCCAAGGCCAGCCUGCCCGAGACAUCUUCUCUGUGUAUACCCACUCUUGCUUGAGUAUCCAUGCACUUCAUUACUCGUUGCCUGAGAAAAGCAAGAAAGAACUCAAAAGGGAAGCCCGGAAUUUGCUCAAAUCUCAUCUUAACCUUGAUGACAGGCGUUGGUCGAUGCAGAAUUUUUCUCUUCAGUGUUCCAUUGUGUUGCUAGAACAUCUGAAAACUGCGUCUGUAAACUUCAUAACCAGCUAUCCAGGUUCAUCCUACAUUUUUGUGCAAGAGAGUCCAACUCCCCAGAUUAAACCUGAAUAUUUAGCCUUGAGGUCUGUUGGCAUCCGAAAAGAGAAAAAAAGGAAAGGCCUUCAGUUAACCGAGAGUACCCUUUCAGCCCUGGAAGAGUUAGUCAGUGUUUCCUGUGAAGAAGUAGAUGGCUGCCCUGUCAUUCUGGUUUGUGGAUCCCAGGAUGUUGGAAAGUCAACAUUUAAUAGAUACCUGAUUAACCAGUUGUUAAAUAGUCUUCCCUGCGUUGACUAUCUGGAAUGUGAUCUGGGACAGACAGAAUUUACCCCUCCUGGUUGCAUUUCUUUACUUAACAUUACAGAACCAGUUCUGGGACCACCUUUCACUCACCUGAGGACACCACAGAAGAUGGUAUAUUAUGGGAAACCUUCUUGUAAAAACAACUACGAGAAUUAUAUUGACAUAAUAAAAUAUGUGUUCAGCGCUUACAAGAGAGAGUCCCCUCUCAUCGUCAACACUAUGGGAUGGGUUUCAGACCAGGGGCUCCUGCUUCUCAUUGAUCUGAUCCGAUUGCUGUCUCCCAGCCACGUGGUUCAGUUCCGCUGUGACCACAGUAAAUAUAUGCCAGACCUUACCCCGCAGUAUGUAGAUGACAUGGAUGGCUUGUACACAAAAAGCAAGACCAAGAUGAGAAAUCGGCGUUUCAGACUCGCAGCAUUUGCAGAUGCUUUGGAAUUUGCUGAUGAAGAAAAAGAGAGUCCGGUUGAGUUCACUGGACAUAAACUGAUAGGUGUUUAUACAGACUUUACAUACAGAAUAACUCCAAGAAAUAGAGAGUCACAUAACAAAAUUCUUCGAGAUCUGACCAUCUUGAGUUACCUUAGCCAGCUGCAGCCCCCGAUGCCCAAACCACUUUCUCCUUUACAUAGCCUGACACCCUAUCAGGUCCCUUUCAAUGCAGUCGCGCUCCGAAUUACCCACUCUGAUGUCGCCCCUACCCAUAUACUAUAUGCUGUGAACGCCAGCUGGGUUGGUCUUUGCAAGAUCCAGGAUGAUGUCAGAGGAUACACGAAUGGGCCCAUCCUGCUUGCCCAGACUCCAAUCUGUGACUGCUUGGGCUUUGGCAUCUGUAGAGGCAUUGACAUGGAGAAGCGGCUGUACCACAUCCUCACCCCUGUGCCCCCGGAAGAGCUAAGGACCGUGAAUUGUCUGCUCGUUGGAGCUAUUGCCAUUCCACAUUGUGUCCUUAAGUGCCAGCGUGGGAUCGAAGGGACCGUACCUUACGUCACAACGGAUUACAAUUUUAAAAUUCCUGGAGCAUCAGAGAAAAUUGGAGCAAGAGAACCUGAGGAGGCACAUAAAGAGAAACCAUACCGAAGACCUAAGUUCUGUCGAAAAAUGAAGUGAUGCUCGCAUUUUUAACAAGGGAAGAAACUUUCCUACCUGAAAGCUUUGUCUCAAGCCUGACCACGAGAGACAUGAUGGAGUUUCAUGGCCAUGAAUGGUGCCCUUAUCAGCAACACUGUUUUCUGUGUAAUUCGUGAAUGUCGUAUGGUAGUCUUAAGUUUCUCUUUUAAAGCUGCAUGAGCUAGAA